GGAAAAGAAACUGAAGUACAAUGAAACCGCAUCAUAUGCUAUCAGGCCGUACAAAUUGAUAGCACAAAGUCUAGGAAUUUGGUGCAUGACGUGUCACAAUGCUAUUUCAAAGAUUCAAUUGAUGAUUAUAUGUAUUUUAUUGGUGAUGAAUGCAUUGAGUUUAUUCUACGAAUUGAAUCCAAAGUGUGGAGUGCUUAUAGAUACGUUUACACCGGUUUCGGUGGGAAUGUCAGCAAGUCUAUCUGUAAUAAAAGUUCUGAGCAUUCGUAUGAAUAGUGAAAGCAUGCUUAGAAUUAUCACAUCAAUCCUGGAAGACUGGACAUCAAGAGCGUUUAAUGAUGACCUGGUCAUCAUCGAUGAAGCGUCCCAAAUUGGUCGAAGGAUUUGUUACUUUCAACUGGGAUUCGCUGCCGUUUCUACCAUUCCCAUGUUUUUCUGCUGGUUAGGAAAUGGUGAGGCUUUUAAUCCUGAGACAAAUAUGACGGACGUCGUCAGAGCUAUUCCUCUGGCAAACCCUUGCUUCUACGGAAAUCUGUUUGCUGACUUUUAUGUUGAAAUUUAUUUACUGCAAAUUGUACAAAUUACGGUGACUAUUCUGGGGAAUGUAGGAAGUGAUUGUUAUUUCUUUGGGAUAACAAUGCUACUAGUGGGUCAAAUCCAGAGUUUUGCGAGUGAUAUUGAGAAGUUUGACUCGCUGGAAUGCGAACAGCAGAAUCGACAAAUUCUGAGACUUGUGAUCAGAAGACAUACUCAUCUUAUCAGGAUGGCUGAUCAUUUAGAGAGGAUUUUUAGUGCUAUUAUUGCAUUUCAAGUGAUGGCGAAUGUCUAUCAAAUUUGUAUGGCUGGCCUCCAAAUAUUACUCAGCAUCCGCAUCAAAGACGGAGCCACAGCGAUAACUUUCACCAUCUUCAUCAGUAUCUUUCUCGUCCAGCUAUCGAUAUACAGCUAUGCUGGGGAAUGUUUGUCAUCCAGCAUCAGCUACUUGCAAACUUGUCUGUACUGUUGUCCUUGGUAUCAGAUGACACCGAAUUCCAACAAGGAUUUCGUAUUCAUAAUAGCACGCUGCGGCAAACCCUUUCAUUUAACAGCUGGAAAAGUCAUCAACAUGAAUCUCGAAAGUUACAAGAGCAUAAUCAAGACUUUGGGCUCGUACUUCUCGGUCAUACGGGCCAUGUUCGAUGAAUAAUAAUCAAUAGAUGAAUUUCAUAUUUUUUUGAUUAAGUAAUUUAUUAUGAUUAUAAUUAAUGUGUCAUCUGACUGAUUACAAUGAUUUGCGGCUAGACAUAAUCUAGUACAGACCAGUUACGCCCACAAAGACGUAUGUUCACACACUCAACGAUAACAUAAUUAACCAAAUGUGAAGUAUAACAAUAACUUUUUCAAUAAAAGUAUUUGGAAUUCUAAAACAAAAUCGAAAUCUUCUCACAAAAAUUUUUUCG